AGUUGCAAUAUAUUUAUUAGAAGUCAACACCCAAUUGAGCCCCUGCUCUCUUUCCUGUUUCCCAAUUCAACAGAUUCUUCAUUUCCAAUCAAAAUGCGAUCCUCCGACGAUACUCCUUUUCUCCUCCUCCUCCUCCUCUUCUUCUUCACCUUCAUUGCCCCAUUUUCGUCUUCACAACCACAGCACCAUUCUCAUUUCAUCAAACACACUCUUCCCCACAACAGUAAUCCACCACAUCCAUACAUCGAAAUCACUCGCCCAUUAACCUUCACUAACCUCACUACUCCAUCCUGCUCUCUUCCCUUAUUCACCUACAACUUCGGUAACACAUAUGGACUUCCACCUGUCUCCGUCCCUUACUCCCCUCCCUUCAAUUGCUCUUGGACACAUGUAGUUCUCCAGUUCAAUGCAUCUUGCAAAGGCGAACAGUACGACCGUAUAGCCGCUGUUUGGUUAGACGGUGCUGAGCUCCUCCGUACCAGCACUGCUGAACCCACUGAUGACGGAAUUUACUGGACUGUAACGAAAGACAUCACCAAGUAUACUUCUAUUCUUGUUAAGGAGAAUAUUACUCUUUCUGUUAUGCUGGAAAAUCUGGUUAACGACAUUUUCACUGGAAUCUAUCAUGUCAAUGUCACUUUCCUAUACUAUGACGUGAAGAACGUUACAGGGAUUAAAUUGGACAAUUAUGUUGAUAAUGGGAUUUCAAUGGGAGUGAGCAAACUGGGAAGUUCGCUGGGUUCAGAUGACAGACCAGCGGAUUUGGUAUUGCCGAUUUCGGCAAAUGGAGAUAAUGGUCUUUGGUUCCGAAUAGAAAGUGAAUUGGAAUUGUUUGGGCAAGGAGUUGUGAUUCCGAGGAAUACCAUCAAAGCUGUGAUGGAGAUUUAUGUAUCAUUUCACGGGAAUGAUGAGUUCUGGUACUCAAAUCCGCCGGAUUCAUAUAUACAGAUGAACAAUUUGACGACAAAGAGAGGACAUGGAGCGUAUAGGGAAGUUUUGUUGAAGAUAGAUGACUAUUUGGUGGGAUCUUUGGUACCAUUUCCGGUAGUUUUCACAGGAGGAAUCAAUCCUUUGUUCUGGGAACCGGUGGUUUCGAUUGGUGCCUUUGAUCUUCCUUCUUAUGAUAUUGAUUUAACGCCAUUUUUGGGGCUGCUGCUUGAUGAUAAAGCUCACUUUUUGAGUCUUGGAGUGGCAGAUAGUGUCCCAUUUUGGUUAGUGGAUGGGAAUUUGCAUCUAUGGAUAGAUAAUUCUGCAUUGCCAUGUCAAGUUCACGCUAAAGUUCUUGAUUAUGGUACUCCUAUGUUUAACAUUGAGCGAUCUUCGAGCUUUCAAGGUCUUGAUGGGUCAUGUGAGAUUGAUAUGAGGAGGAAGAGCAAGGUGUCGGGAUGGGUGAAUUCAACUUCAGGAAAUUUAACUACAAUAGUUUCCAGAGAAUUGAAAUUUAAGAAUAAGAUAAAGUUCUAUCUUAAUGGUACUGAAAAAAGGGUAAAACAGAAUGUGAGAGAAAAGACUGUAGUAAGUGUACUGUCUGAUACAGGUAUCACGAUUUCUCAGACCACCAUGAAGAAGAUAUAUCCUCUUAGCAUGACCACUAGGAAUUUGCCUUCAUCGGAGAACGAUACAAUCUUGAUGCUUACUGAUCUAGUCCAUGAAUGGAGGGCGAAGAAGUCCAUUGGGGGUUUAUCCAUCUCCUUGAUAAAUCGGCAGAAAUGCAGUGGGGGGAUGGUUGUUCAAGAUCAUGAUGUACUCUUUGGUGGAGCUACCACUCAACAAACUUAUUCUUAUAGGGAUGAAGUUGGUUGCUAUUCUCGGAUCAUUUUAGCUACCAAUGCCACACUUAUCAACGACACUGCAAGCAGUCUUUGUGCGGCUUCCUUAUAGUCUCCAUUGCAUGGUUCGUGUUCAGCUUUGUGAAUUUUGACUCAGUUUGAGAAGUUCUUUUUAUAAGUUAAAUGCCCCAUUCCCACGAUUAUUUCUUUCCGUUUGACCAUAUUGUAGUGUGUAGAAUCUGUUGAUUUGAACCCCUAAAUCUUGUCUCAGUAUUAAUUGUAAGCAAUUUGUGCUCUUGUAUGAAAGUUUUAGGGUUCAUAAGAAUGUGAACUGCCUGGAAAUGAACUUACAUUGUUAAUUUGCUGGUAUUUCUUGUUUGGCAUGUGAUUAAACUCUGGA